GGCGGGGCUAACUCGCCGUUUUAUUCGCACUCUAGCAGAGCAAGAGGAGAAUCCCAAAAAAUGACAUCCAGCUUUUCCAGAGGAAAACCGUGGCGUUUCGAGACGCUCUGGUGAAGUUUCCCUCCUCACAUUACCACGGAUUACAGCUCGUUCUUCGGCGAUGUAGUCAGUAGACUUCGGAAAUGUGUGUUUAAUACAGAAGGACAGUGUUUUUCCACACGACAGUGAUUUGCGCGGCUCUCCCUCAGCUUCUGAUCGGACAUGUGUGAUUUAAUGCCAGCGGCUCAACCGGCCGAGAAAAUCGGCAAAAUGAAGAAAUUAAGAAGAACUUUGUCGGAGAGCUUCAGUCGCAUCGCUUUGAAGAAAGAAGACAGCGGCUUCGACGAGAUAUGUGUCACAAAGAUGUCCACUCGCAGCGGUCAGGGAUCAGACUCGCUCAUCAAGCCCCUGGACACUAUCCCUGAGGACCGUAAGGUGCAGCGGACGCAGAGCGGCUUCGACCCCUUCGAGAAACCGGCCGGUCAGGUGAAGCGUGUGCACUCGGAGAACAACGCCUGCAUCAACGCCAAGAGCUCGUCCUCCGGGAAAGAGUCUCCCAAACUCCGGCGUCACUCCAGCCCCAGCUCCCCCACGAGCCCAAAGUUCGGGAAGGCAGAUUCGUACGAGAAGCUGGAGAAGCUCGGCGAGGGAUCCUACGCCACCGUCUACAAAGGGAAGAGCAAGGUGAACGGGAAGCUGGUUGCGUUGAAAGUGAUUCGUCUUCAGGAAGAGGAAGGAACACCGUUCACUGCGAUUAGAGAAGCGUCUCUGCUGAAAGGCCUGAAACACACCAACAUCGUUCUGCUCCACGACAUCAUUCACACCAAGGAAACCCUGACGCUGGUCUUCGAGUAUGUGCACACAGAUCUGUGUCAGUACAUGGACAAACAUCCCGGUGGUCUCCAUCCAGACAACGUCAGGCUCUUCCUGUUCCAGUUACUGAGGGGUUUGUCUUACACGCAUCAGCGCUACAUCCUUCACCGAGACCUGAAGCCUCAGAACCUGCUCAUCAGUGACACCGGAGAACUCAAACUGGCCGACUUCGGUCUGGCCCGGGCGAAGUCGGUCCCCAGUCACACGUACUCUAACGAGGUGGUGACGCUCUGGUAUCGUCCUCCAGACGUGCUCCUGGGAUCCACAGAUUACUCCACCUGUCUGGACAUGUGGGGCGUCGGAUGCAUCUUCGUGGAAAUGAUCCAGGGAGCGGCGGCAUUCCCGGGCAUGAAGGACAUUCAGGAUCAGCUGGAGAGGAUAUUCCUGGUUUUGGGGACGCCAUCGGAGGAAACGUGGCCAGGUGUUCACUCACUUCCACACUUCAAACCAGAUCGAUUCACUGUCUACAGUCCCAAGAAACUCAGACAAGCCUGGAAUAAGCUGGGUUAUGUAGAUCAUGCUGAAGAACUGGCUUCCAGAUUUCUCCAGUGCUUCCCAAAGAACCGUCUCUCAGCUCAAGCGGCGCUUCAUCACGAGUUCUUCAGCCAUCUGCCCCCGAGACUCUGGGAGCUGCCUGACAUGUCUUCAAUCUUCAGCGUUCCUAGCGUUAAGUUACAGCCGGAGUCUGGCGACAGCAUCCAGGUGUGCAGCAAGAGCAAAGCCACGUCUAACAGCAAACACUGACCGCCGAGAGCCGAACAGGUUGGCUCUGUCAGCUGUCAUGAAAAAGACAAAAAGAAAGAGGAGACCGCAACGACUCUUAAUGUUUAUUUAAAUUAUUUAAUUUCUGGCUGGUUUGGCCUUCCACAUGGGACUGAGAGCAAAUCAGUCAAAUCUGAGUUUUACCAUCUGGAAAGUGGCGUAACAUUCCCACAUCGACUGCAUGCGAACUACGUUCGGACUUAAAACAGCAAUUAAUACGAACUUUUUGUGUAUGUAGCUACCUAUGUACGAAUGUUUGUACAGUUAAAUGAGUGUCUAUCUAACAGAACAAACCAAAAUGCCCUUCCGUGCACAAUCACGUAUUAUCGAGACCAAGCUGGCAUUUUGCAUUUCCUGCAAUCUUACACUUUGGUACCGUCCAGCUGCACUCCCAAUAACAUGACAAUAAUUUCCACAGAAAUAACUAGGGAUGCACCAAUGUAUCAGCCAAUAAUCGGUAUAGGACGAUAAAAUCAAUUAGCGAUUAGACAUAGAUUGCUUUAAAAACAGACAAUGAUCAGGGCCGAUUAUGUCCUGUUAAUCAAAGGGGAUUGCAACUUGUGUUGUGUUGAAUUUAAGACUGUCCAAAUUAAAGCAAUAAUAACAAGUUCUGUUUGACCCUAUAGCACCUGUAUUUUAAGCCAGGGUUGCUAGAUCACCAAACAAUAUUUGUAAUGAACCUCCCGUCCAAUAAUCAAAGGAGCUUUGUGUUUUUUUUUUUACUUCUGAUAAGAAAAAAGGUCUCAGCACUCAAAUAAUGUCCAUCUUAUUGCAUAAUUUGAAUAAUAAAUGCCGUUUGAUGCUUUUACUUGUGGCGUUCAGAUCUCUGUAGCACUUCAGUUCAAGAGGCAGUGCAAAGCGCGAGUCUCUUCCACUUUAAAACAAGUUAUAGUGUGAAAUAAACAUGAAUAAACAUCAGACGGUGUUGAAAGAUACAGUACAUCUUACAAAAACGUAUAAUGUCUCAUAUUAUCACUCAAUCAGCAUUUCAACCGAAAGACGUCAAAUAAAACAGCUUGUUAACAGUGUUUUGCUUAAUGUUGCAUUCACCUCAGGAAACUUAUCCAGUGUGAACAGUUGGUUAGGUAGCUAUAAAAACAUUAGAGUUUAUUUAUUGUUAAUUAUAUAAGUUUUUGAAUAAAUCUUUCAUAAAGACAGUUUUUAUGAAAACUACCUUGUGUAAUUGAAUUGUAUUGAAACAUUUGAGUCUGAUUAUUAUAUAUAGCAUUGAAUAUACUGUAGUUUUGUUAAUUUUAAUCUGUAAUAUUAUGUACCAAAUUAAAGGUUCCCUGUAUAAUUUAUAGCAUUAAUUGGGAGAAAUUUCUUUCCUUAAGAAAUUGAAGUUAUCGGUAUUGGCAGAUAUCAUUCUGAAUAAUAGUUUAUCAGUAUCGGCAGAUAUCAUUCUGAAUAAUCGGCUAUCGUUCUGAAUAAUUGGCUAUUGGUAUCGGCAGAUAUCAUUCUGAAUCAUUGUUUAUCAGUAUCGGCAGAUAUCAUUCUGAAUAAAUAUCUAUAGGUAUCGUAUCGGCAGAUAUCAUUCUAAAUAAUCGGUUAUCGGUUUCGGCUGAGAAAUUUUGUGUUGGUGCAUCCCUAGUAAUAACGAUAAUUGCAGUGACAAUGCGGUUGCAGCCUGAUGGUGCACUUUCACUCACUGCAGGGACUGCGCUAAAGCAAUGAACACCAUAGAUAACUGCGAGUCUCGUGUACGUCUGUGUGCGUUUACAUGUGUUGAGUGUUAAAUACAGGCAAUACACUUGCACUGGUGCUACUGUCCAUGAGAAAGAAAUUCACCCGUCCAUGUUUGGAAACAAAUCUAUUUUCGCUGUUCCCUCCGAAGGCCCAUGACAAUCAUAUAACAAACUGCACUUGUUAACCGAUCAUUAAAACGUCCCAGAUUUUAGAGGAUGUUCACACAGAACGUGUUGUUUUUUAUUUAAAUGGACAUCUCUGUAUCUUGUAGCAUGAGCUCUGCAUUUUUUAUUACAUUUAUGCAUUUUUCAGAUGCUUUUAUCCAACUUAAAGUACAUAGCAUUCAACAUAUGAUCAGUUAAUGCAUUCACUGAGAUUUGAACACAUGAUCUCGCUGUUGCUUGCACUACUUUGUAGUUAUCAUGCAUUACAAAAAAGUUAACAUGAGAACAUAUAAUUUUUUAAUUGUAUCUAACAACUAUUUUAAAUAUUUUUCACAAACAUAUUUUAAUAUUUUAAUUUUCUUUCAGUUUAAUUUUUGUUUUUUUACAUUUUCCACAAAAUGUGAACAUUAUAAAUAGUUUUUUCUUUUUUUCUUUUUUUUACUUUAAAAAUUGUAUUUAUUUUUUAUUUCAUCUGUUUCUUAUUUUGUAUACUUUCCUAAAGCUGAACCUUUAGAAGCAUAGCACUAGCAACAGCACGAUCAUGGGUUCGAUUCCCAGCAAAAUUCAUAUGCAUGAACAAAUGAAAUUUUGUUUGGUAUUUGAAAUUAGUAUGUUCCUUGAAAUAGAAGUCUCUGCCAAAUGCAUAAUAAAUGCAAAUACCAAACAAAACACAUAUAUAUUUUUUAUUUUGGGUCUGAAAACUUUAAUUUGAAACAGAAAAUUUUCACACAUAUUCCACAACACACCAGUCUCAAAACUUUCAUGAACCUAAUUGAGAAAUAGUCACAUGAUUUCAGCUUAACCAGUAACUCAAAAAUGUGUUGUGGGUCAAAUUGGAACACAAUACAAGAGUAAAAUCAUUUGAAAAUACAUUUCAAGUCUCAAGAAAUAAUUUUUUAUAAAUGCAAGUAUGCAUUAUGCGAACGGCCUUUAACAUUUCAAACUGAAGUGUUGUUGAUGAAGAUUACGCAUUUCUCAAGCAUCCUUUAGAGAAGGAAUUUGAUCUGAAGAAAUUUCCCAUAGUGCACUACUCUCCUAACCUGCAUAUUUGAAUACUGAUACCGCUCUUCCUGCUCAUGUUUGUCCAUUUGGUUUCCGUACAACAGACGAUAAUAAUAUAAUCUUCAUUUGGGUACGGUAUUUUCUCUUUCUGUCAAUAUGUUGUUAAAUAUCGAUGAAGUUUACUUUCUAUAAGUGUAGGAGCUAAUUGAACAAUAGCAAUGUUUGGCUCUGCACUGUUAACACGGAUCGAAUAAAGAAGUCAAAUGAGUUCAGAUAAAACACGUGUACAGACGUGCAUGACGUCCAGUGACACAUCAUGCCUUUGCAGUUAAUAUACGGUACAAAUUAUUCAAUUAAUAUUUGUGCAAAAUUAAGUUCUUGAUUCAGCUUUAGUCAUAAUGUUGUGACUAACGUCCAGAAGACUAGUUAAAGAGAUUUAUGGACUUACUGCGAAUGCAGUUUUCAAUGUGUUUGCGCAACAUUCCUGCUAAUAAGGUCAUGUUUUACACUUGAAUUUUCAGUCAGGCCACGUACACACUGCAUAACCUGAUUUUCAUACUUAAUCCUAAAUUUUAUUUGGCUGAUAUAGUGAUAAUCAUAGCAACAUUGUGUUUGCUUUUUUGAACUAAAGAAAUUUUAGGAAAAGAAGACAUAUUGAUGUUUUUAACACCCAAUUCACUAAAGGUUUUAAGCAGAUUCAGUUACAGUAAACAUGCACUAAACAAAAUUGGUGCAAAUUAGUAAAUUCAAUGUUCUACACUGCAAAAAAAUAAAAUAAAAUAAAAUAGUCUUGUUUUCCAGUGCAAAUAUCGAAACAUUCUAAAAUCAAUAUACAUUUAUCUGAGAUGCAUAAAGAUGUCUUUAAAAAUUGUUUUCUGUACAAAUUAACAAAAUAAUUUGGUUUUUGCGUAAAACAAAAAAACGUUUUCCCUUUGAAUUGUUUCAUUUUUUCUUACUAAAAGGCAUUUGCAACUUUUAUCUCACAAAUCUGCCAUUUUUCUCUCAAUUCUCAGAGAAUGUCAAUUGCGAGAUAUAAACUCAGAAUUGCGACUUAUUAACUAUGAUAGUAUAUAUUAGAAAUCUAAAGUAAAGUAUAAAAGUCAGAAUUGUGCGAAAGAUUAUGUCUGGUAAUUCUGAGUCACAAUUGUAACUUUUAAUCAGAAUUAACAAAAUUGUGAGAGAAAAAUGCGCAAUUACCUUUUUAUCGUUUAGCAUGUAGCUUAUACAUGCAUGUAUAUAUAUGAAUUAUAUCUUUUAAAUUGAGCUUCUUGUACUUUACUGGAAAACAAAAAUACAGAAUAAGCAACAUAUUGUUUUGCAGUGCAUGUGAAAAGGAGUGACACCCGUAUCAUUCUGCAGUGUGAAUGUGGCCUUUAUUCAACUAACCAGUUUAUAAUUACAUAUUCUCAGAAAUGAAGAGACUUUUUUAGUGUUGCGACUAUGAAGCUGGCUGUGAUUCUAUCGAAACGUGAAGCCGCAUUAAUGCCUCCAAACAUUAAAGGAUUCCAGCCAGUAUUAGCAGCCCAAUAAUUAUUUUCUUGAAACAUGUAAGAGCUCCUCCCGUCUUUGUGGCGGUCGCAGUUUUACAUGCAGCAUGCUGUAUUUUAUCGUCACUUUAAGGUGUGUAGAGUCUCCUUUUUUUGCAAGAAAAAGGGUUGGAGAAAAGUAAUAAUAAAUGAUUAUUGCACAUUUAGCACUGUGACAAACACAAAAAAGAGGAGACAUCAUGUUUGCAUAAUCAUUGGCGCUUGCUUAAAAAGUAUUUAUGGAAGCCCGUUUCUGCCAUUGAAUUAAAAAUAAAACAAGGUAAUUAUGACUCUUUCUCACAAUUCUGACAUUUUUGUUUUCUUUCAGAAUUGCAUGAUAUAAAUUUGCAAUUGCGAGUUAUAAAGUCAGUGUAAUGGCGAUCGUACCACAAAAAAAAACAUUUGAGGGAAUUUGAAGUCGUCUCCAACGCGUAAUGGUGCAAGAAAUCAGGUCUCCCAUGGCACUCGAUUAACACUUUAUUCAAUGAAGAAUAUAAUUACUUUAAUGUCAAUUGAGCUCAUCCAUAUACAACAUUAAACAU